GGCGGAUCUCACAAACAUUUCGCUCGCUCUCUCUCUCUCUCUCUCUCUCGUUCCAAAUUCUAAUCGUGCGAUUCGAGUUUGUUCCUUGAAGAUACUUAAGCCUUGAGAACUUACAAGUGCAGGUCCAUGUGGAGAAGUAUGAAUUAUUUGUAGUGCUUGUCUCGCAAGGGGUGGUUUACUGACUAAUAAAGGGGAAAUGAAAUCCACAACUGCUGAGGUGGAUCCAGGAUCAUAUCUGCUUUCAAGAACAGUUGAUGGUUUUGGAUUUACAAAACAAGAACAGAGCAACUCAACAGAGGCCUUAUCUAGAAACAGACCUGUGGAUGACCAUCCCAAUGACAGAGAACAAAAGAGGAUAAGAAAAUGGAGGAAAAUGAUAGGUGUUGGUGGGAGUGACUGGAAGCACUAUGUUAGAAGAAAACCUCAUGUAGUUAAGAGACGUAUUAGAAAAGGCAUCCCUGACUGUUUAAGAGGACUUGUUUGGCAGUUGAUUUCUGGAAGUCGAGACCUCCUGCUAAUGAAUCCAGGGGUUUAUGAGCAACUGGUGAUAUAUGAGACAUCAGCAUCAGAAUUGGAAAUAAUUCGAGACAUAUCUCGUACUUUUCCAUCACAUGUUUUCUAUCAACAGAGACAUGGACUAGGGCAAAGAUCCCUGUACAAUGUUUUAAAGGCUUACUCUGUAUAUGACAGGGAUGUUGGAUAUGUUCAGGGCAUGGGUUUUUUAGCAGGUUUGUUACUUCUUUAUAUGAGUGAAGAGGAUGCCUUCUGGCUGUUAGUUGCUUUGUUAAAGGGAGCCAUUCAUGCACCAAUGGAAGGCUUGUACCAGGCAGGCUUGCCACUUGUUCAAGAAUACCUAUGUCAAUUUGAGCAAUUGGUGAAAGAAUAUUUGCCAAUGUUGGGAGAACAUUUUACUCAAGAGAUGGUUAAUCCCAGCAUGUAUGCUAGUCAAUGGUUCAUAACAGUUUUUUCGUACUCAUUCCCAUUUCCACUUGCACUUCGUAUCUGGGAUGUCUUUCUCUAUGAGGGUGUAAAAGUUGUUUUCCAAGUUGGCUUGGCCUUGCUAAGAUUCUGCCACGAUGACUUGAUAAAAUUACCCUUUGAGAAACUACUGCAUGCCCUGAAAAAUUUUCCUGCGGAAGCGAUGAAUCCAGAUAAACUAUUGCCACUUGCCUUCUCAAUCAAGGUGUCAAAACGCUUGGAGGAGUUCAAAAGAGAUUAUGAGAAGAGGAAGGAGAGACCUUUGCCUCAUUCAUUGCCAUCAUUAAGCAGCUCUGGUAUACCAAUUCAUAACCUAGCUGGCCUUGAAUGAUCAGUUUGUGCCUGGUAAUUGGUCCUCUACAUAAACCAUUCAGUGUGACAGAAGAAAGAUAUGAUGUAAUGGUAUCCUGCAUAACUAUUUACCCGCUGUAAUAUAGAUUCUUUCCUUGUGGAUUCUGUUUGGACAACUGUAAUUGUUUUCAGUUCUGAUUACCAAGUGAGUACCAUUUCUUGUUCUUUCAUCA